AUGCACCCUAAUCUUCACCAGUAUUUGCAGCAAUCUUCUUUGACGAAUGCCGGGACAACAGGAAUUGGCGGCGGCGGUGGCAAUGCUGCUACUGCUGGUAACCCGUUAACCUCUGCCUUACAGCCCACAACUAAUGCUAGCAAUAACCUUAACGCGUUAUCUCAACAUUUUUCGGCAAUGAAUCGCAAUGUCGCAGCGGGUGUAUCAAGUGCCGGUGGUGCUGGUGGUUUGAACACAGCUGAUCCAUUUAUGUACGCACAAAUGAUGAACAACAAUCUCGGACCACAAGGCAUGCCUAUGCCAAGCAACUACCUCAUGCAACAACAACAGCAGCAUCCUUCUCAAGCACAACAGCAACAACCUUCCCAUGUUCAACAACAACAGCAGGACCAUCAACAGAAAAUGCAACAAUUAGAUGAAGAGAAAAUUUACGGGCUUGUGUUGGAUUUAUUGAAUCCCUCUACCAGAGAACAAGCCUUAUUGGAUUUAAGUAAAAAAAGAGAACAAUAUGAAGACUUGGCUCUCGUUUUAUGGUACUCCUAUGGCGUCAUUCCUGUAUUAUUGCAAGAAAUUGUUACAGUUUAUUCCUUACUAACACCUCCCACCUUGAGCGGAGGCGCUUCGAACAGGGUCUGCAAUGCACUUGCGCUUCUUCAAUGUGUUGCAAAUCACAAUGAAACCAGAAGUUUAUUUCUCCAAGCGCAUAUUCCCCUUUAUCUUUAUCCUUUUUUGAACACAACCAGCAAAACUCGUCCUUUUGAAUAUUUGAGAUUAACGAGCUUGGGCGUUAUUGGAGCUUUAGUCAAGAACGAUAAUCCCGAAGUCAUUAGCUUUCUCUUAUCCACCGAGAUCAUUCCACUGUGUCUUCGUAUCAUGGAAACCGGAAGCGAACUUUCAAAGACAGUUGCUAUAUUUGUUGUGCAAAAGAUUUUGUUAGACGAUACUGGCUUGUAUUACAUUUGUCAAACAUACGAGCGAUUCUAUGCUGUAGCUACAGUCUUACACAACAUGGUCAAUCAGCUCGUCGAAAAUCAAGCUAUGCGUCUGUUGAAGCAUGUCAUCCGUUGUUACUUGAGAUUGUCAGAAAACCCACGAGCACGUGAAGCUUUACGUCAAUGCCUCCCAGAGCCACUUAGAGACACGACUUUUCAUCAGAUUUUAAAGGAUGACCUUGCUACAAAACGUUGUCUUGGUCAACUUUUACUCAACCUAUCUGAUGGCAUGAAUUAG